AUGAUCAGUAUCACUGCGUAUUGUUCUCCAGACUUUGUCAUCCGCAACAUCAUGAAUGCAACUGUUAAAAGACCGCUUGGGUUAUUGAUCUUAUUGUUUUGGAGUUACUUCUUCACUUCGCUAGCUCGGAGAGCCAUACAGAAUAUAUAUCCUAUAAUUCCAGUAGAAUAUAAAGGAACUAAGUCAAAUACUCAUUUAGGUUCCAUAAUUACUGCUCAAACAUUGGGUUAUACAGUUACCAAAUUAAUUGGUGGGAUUCUUAUGGAUCACUUAAAUCCACUUCGCAUUUUUGUUUACUCUCUGAUUUCAGCCUCAGGUUCACUGUUUCUUCUAUCAGUUUCAUCUCAUCAAAUAGUUUGGUUAGUAUCCUAUGGAUUAAUCGGCUUAGCACUUGGUUCUAGCUGGCCAGCCAUAUCAAAGACACUUCGUACCUCUGUGGCUUCUCAUGAAUUAGCCACUUGGUGGGGAUUAAUAUCAUCGUCUUCUAACCUAGCUGGUUGUAUGGGUUCUUGGAUAUCUAUCGUUAUUUCUUCGUAUGCAACAAUAUUUCUCGGUGAUUUAGCAUGGAGAGCCCCGUUCAUUUUUGUUGGAGCAUGUUGCAUAAUAUCAGCUUUACUUCUCAAUGUCUAUCUGCGUUCGCGAACGGUUGAUACGCUAAAUAAAAUCGAUCCUAAGAAUAUACCAACUAAAUAUUUUAGUCCUUCUAGAGUAACAUUAUCUAACCAAUUAUUUGGGAAGCAUCUCAACUCAGAUGUAAAACACAAAAGCUAUGAUGAUACUUGUCAAAGUUUAAUGUCCACUUCGAAAUUGGAUCAAAACAGUUAUGAUACAAGUAAUCAAGAAAAGCGUUGUAAUGAAAAAACUAGCCGAUUAUCGAACAACUGUCAAGAUAAAGAUUUUAUUGAAAAUUACGAUAAUGGCGUGACAGUUCAACCCAUUAAAGUGAAUAUUAUUAAUCAAAUAUCAAAAUUGUUUCGUACUUUAAGUCCAAGACAACGUUUAUUGUUGGGCGAUUGGAUUGCAAUUAUGCUUUUGAAUAAUAAACAUGGUUACUCACAAAGUACCGCUUAUUUAGUUGCCAGUAGUUACGAAUUCGGUGGAAUAUUUGGGUCUAUGUUAGUUGGAAUAGUAGCUGAUUUGAAUGUGUUUUCUAGAGUAUUUUCAUGGCCUAGUCGUCGGAUUCCAUUAAUAAUUAUACAAAUGUUAAUUGCUAGUGGUACAUUAUGUUGUCUAAGUUGGAUUACCAAUCAUAAUGCUUCUUUAACUAUACUCCUCAUUAUCAGCUUGGUACUUGGUACUACUGUUAUCGGGACAAUUGCUUUAUGUGGUGUUUUAGCUGUUGAACUUGCUCCACCUGCUUUUAGCGGUACUGCACAUGCGUUGAGUGCUUUGAUUGCGAAUUUUGGUGCUAUAUUGGCUGGUUACCCAUUUGCUGUGUUGGCUGAACAUAUCAACUGGUCUGGUGCCUUUCUUGUAGCUGGGAUAGUAUGCGGACUUUCAGUUAUUCCACUUUCAUGUUUUUGA